CAAAAAAAUCGAACAAGUUGCCACUCACCGUGCCAGACUACGCUGAGUGUGUUGGGUUAGAUCCAAACAGACUUUAAACGUGGCCAGCAGCACGAACGCGUCCAGCUCCGUACUGCUACCUUCUCGGUAGGAGGUCCAAAAGUGGGCGAAGGGCAAGUUUCCAGCUGCUCGCAGGGAGGAGUCGUAAGAGAUUGUUGCGGAGUGCAAGCGAGCCGUGUGUGUUAGUUAUUUAUCGAGAAUCUGUACCUUUUGCUAGCAGUGUUUCUACAUCAAGCAUCACAUCGGGCUAAUCAUUUUCGCAGGAUUUUGCGGCUCGCAACCGGAUACGGUGCACUGGGUGGGUGGCUUCGGGUGAAAUUUGAAUCGUAAUUUGGCAAACCUUUUUGGCUGACGGACGUGACACGAUGCCCAGCGCCAGAAGAAUGAUCCUGGGGCACGUCAUGUCCGGUCUCUGCACCAAGAUGAACCGCACCAAGCAGCUUCCGGCAGAUUUGAUGGAAACUCCACUGAAUAGAUGUUUAAACACAUUCGACAUCACGCUGCUGGGUAUCGGUCAUAUGGUCGGCGCUGGAAUCUAUGUGCUCACCGGAACCGUCGCACGCGAGAUGGCCGGUCCAGCGAUCGUACUUUCGUUUAUCCUGGCCGGGCUGGUGUCGCUGCUGGCCGCCCUGUGCUAUGCGGAAUUUGGAACCCGCGUCCCGAAGGCUGGCUCGGCCUACGUCUACACGUACGUUUCUAUUGGCGAGUUUUGGGCGUUUGUCAUUGGCUGGAAUAUAAUCCUGGAGCAUAUGCUGGGGGCAGCCUCGGUGGCCCGUGCCUGGAGCGGGUACGUUGACUCGAUGCUGGGCAACAUCGUCGCCAACAUCACGAUGGAAAUUACGGGCGAGAUGCACGAGCAGCUGCUGGCCAAGUAUCCCGACUUUCUAGCGUUCUUCGUGUGCAUCAGCUAUGCGGUCGCGCUGGCGGCUGGCGUUAAGGCAACGGCCAUGAUAAACAGUAUUCUGACGACGGUCAAUGUGGUCGUGAUGGCGCUGGUUGUGGUGUUGGGCUUCUGGUAUGCGUCGCCCGACAACUGGUCACUGCCAGAGCAGGGCUUCAUGCCGUACGGGUUCGGCGGUGUGCUAGCCGGUGCGGCCACCUGUUUCUACGCGUUCGUGGGAUUCGACAGUAUCGCAACGUCCGGUGAGGAGGCGAAAAACCCUAGCUUUUCUAUACCGCUCGCCACCAUUCUGUCGCUGUGUGUGGUGACGGUCGGGUACGUGCUGGUCAGUGCGGCCCUAACGCUGAUGAUUCCCUACAACGAAAUUAACCCGGCGGCAGCGCUGCCGGACGCGUUCGGUAUGCGCGGCAUCACGUGGGCUAAGUAUGCGAUCUCAACUGGAGCCAUCUGCGGUAUGACGACGACGCUGCUCGGAUCGCUCUUUGCGCUGCCCCGCUGCCUGUACGCGAUGGCAAGCGAUGGAUUGCUGUUUUCGUGCUUCGGCAAGGUAAAUACGAAGACGCAGGUUCCGCUGCUGAAUCUCGCCCUGUCCGGUAUCUGUAGUGCACUGUUGGCGCUGCUGUUCGAUCUGGAAAAGCUGGUAGAGUUUAUGUCGAUCGGUACGCUACUGGCCUACACGAUCGUGUCGGCUAGUGUUAUAGUUCUGCGCUACCGGCCGAUAUCGGUAGAGGAAACCGUUCACCUUGCGCCCGAUACACCCGGCACGGAUGAGGAAGACGGUGGACCGACAUUACCUGGUAGCGGAGCACCGGGUGCCCCGGGUGGUGGCAUUGAUUCAUCGUCCCAGUCCAGUACCAUCGAUCCAUCGUCACCAACGAGUGAGAUGAUCGAGAUUGCUCUGGCCGGACGGUUAAGACCCCAGUUUCGCUGGUUAGAGCCCGUGCUGGGUCGUUGUGAACCGGGCGUGGCCUGUUCCGGUGCGGUGUUAAUGUUCUGUGUGCUAAGCGUAGCGGUUUGCUUCCAGCUGGAGAACUCCUGGGAUGAGCUGUACAACGGAACCUGGUGGGCGUUAGGCCUUUAUGGUUUUCUACUUUUCUGUCUCGUUGCUUGUGUUGUUGUAAUUUCGGCUCAUCACCAAAAUACUCGCGGACUGCAGUUCAAGGUACCGUUCGUACCGUACAUCCCAGCAUUGAGCAUCUUCUGCAACAUCGAGCUGAUGGUGCAUCUGAGCUUCCUGACCUGGUUGCGCUUUUUCAUCUGGCUGUCCAUCGGUAUGCUGGUGUACUUCCUGUACGGUAUCCACAACAGCAAGGAGGGUGAACUCGGCACGUCCUACUCUAUGCUGAUGUCUACCAGCGAAGCGAUCCGUGGCUGGGGCUCCACCAGCACGGCCCUCGGCGGUGGCACUAAGGUAACGGUUACUAAGAUAAUCAAGGGCAGAAUUAGCCGAAAGACGGCCGGCGACAGGCAGGCGAUCGUGGAUGAUGACGAUGAUGAAGAUUCUUAAAUAAGAAUCCGACAGAAUCUAGUUCCUUUCUUCCUCCAUUCCUUCGCCCCUGUUGCACUGCAUGUGGUAUGUGUUGAGGAUAAGUUUCAAUUAUCUGUGCAGUGAGUCUCGUCUAUCCGUAGGUGAAGAUGAGAGUCAUGCAUUGUGUUAUGGGUAUUUCCGUUGAUUUUUAUAUUUAUUCCGAGCCCCGCAGCCAAACGACAGGGACGGACACACACUCGGAACAUUCGUAUUGAAGGCUAUCAACCAAACAAAAAAAAAAAAACGGUCCAAAUCACAAGUACACUGUCAAAUAUAGGGAUAUCAUCAGCGCAGAACUUAUAGGUACAUGUUUGUUAACAUUUUAAGAACGAAGCUAUCUACCAAAGAGUCUAUUUCUCCUCCGAUUUGUCCCCAGAGUAAAGGAACGCCACACCUUUGUACUAUAGAGCUAUAUUGUUGCAUAUUAUUUAAUAUAUUCACUUUGUACACCGGUCUACCAAGCUCUGUGGAUUAAGACGAAGCGAUAUUUAACAGUAAAUAUUCUACGAAAUGGGUUACAACCUAUUUCCUAUUUGCACAGUAUUAGAUAUUAUGCUACUAACAGAUUGCCUUAGGAAACAAACACAUGUGUCUGCAUAAAGUAAGUGUAACGCGUUAAGUUUUCUGUUGCGCUAGUCGUGAGAGAUUUUGGUUAAUUCGUUUCAUCUACGAUAGUUUUAAAUUUUCUUCCAGAAAGUUUAACAGAAAAGCUAAGGGACAGGAAUGAAACGGUAAUGCCUAACAUGAGGUUAUCUGCAGGAUUUUCUUUUUUGAUAAAACAUUAUUUUUCUACCUCGAAAAAAAACAACAGCACAAACGAUUGUAAAGCCUUUCUAGUUCCUUUACUACUUAACCUACCAUGGCGUUAUCUAUGAUACACUUCAACCACCGAAUUUUGUACGCUUUAGCUACCUACGUGUUUGAAAAACGAAAGACACAAACUUUAAAACGGGUAAUUUCAAAGUCAUAACCAUUUCACUAGUUUCUCCUCAUCAUCAUCGCUGAGCUGUGUAAGAGCAAAACAUAAAAUAACCAUGCAAAGGCUUUCGAUGGAGUUGCCUUUUGGUUUCGUUGUUUUCCUUCAUUUUGGCCGAUGAACCGUUAGAGUAUAAAAAAUACCACUUACAAUACAAGUACUAUACCGCUGGUACACGAUUUAGUAACGCAAGCCGUAAUCGGCAAUAUGUAUAUUUAUAACAGAACAACAUCUAAAGUAGAAAUCAAUGCAUAGUCAAUGAAGAGUACAUAUUCAUAUAUACCUUAUUCGGUAGAAAAUUCGAUAAGAUAAAUCACCAAACCGUCGUUCAUGGGAUAUUUAACCACAUGCAGGUAGAUGCAAUAGCCACAUGGAACUUGAAAAGCACAAAUGCGAUUAUGAUAUCCGUAUCACAAUACAACAAGGAAAGCAUUAUACACCCAAAAGGAAGCAGAUGCUACUACACUGUGUACUAAUUAGCCAUGAUGAUUUAUGUAGUAGCGUUAUGCUCUCAUAUGACACAUAUAUAGUGGCGGACACCGUAUCUCGGACACCCAUUUUUUAUUCAGGAUUACUAAGUUUGCAGCUUCCUGGACAAUUCUUAAAAGCAUGCAUCGGAAUACUGCCUUCACAUAUCAAUGAGGACGGUAUUUGGUAAUACACCGGUAGAAAACCGGCCUUAGGUUAUUUAAUACGCACAUGAUGUACCAAUACAGCCUAUUGUUUAAGAUUAUUGACUAUUAACGUUAGUUAUAAUUAUAGAAUAAAAAUAUUUAAUAUUGCUUAGAUUCGUAGCCAUUUUAUCUACGAAAUCUACGGUCGAGUUUUGAGUUAACCUUAUAAAUUAAAAAAAAAUUUGUAUGUUUUCGAUAGAUUGUAUAAAAUAUUUGCCUGAUUUUGUGCAGCAGCAUAGCUAAAAAGUAUUCUCAUAAAUGUAUGAAGACAAUAUUCCGAGAUACAUGAUUUAAAGAACUGACCAAAGAGUCUCCAAGUCAGCGAGGAUGGGGUAAAAUAUAAGGUGUCCAACUUUAGCCUGUCAUCACUGUAAUAUACUAAGAUCAAUUAGUAGCGGCGACUACAUUUCAUUUCUUUGUUUUGGUUAAACCAGGAUUUUUUAAAUCUUGUUUUUUUUUCUUUCUCUUAAAACAUGUUAAUUACAACGUGUAAGGAAGCUGCUACAGAACUUAUAAUGGAUAACUGUAUGGAACAAACAUGAAAUAAAUAAUCAUACAAACCACCAUAAGAACAAUAAAGUAUACACACAUAUGACGAAUUUAACUAUA